CCGACAAUUCCUUUACUGGGUCCAUACCUAUGAAUCUAGGAACCCUUUAUGCUUUAGAUUUUUUUGCUGCUGCUACCAAUUCACUUGGAACAAACCAACCCAAUGAAUUAACGAGCUUCCUCACUUCUUUAUCCAAUUGUUCCAAUGUACAAUUUCUGGAUUUGUCUGCAAAUCAUUUUAAUGGUUUGUUGCCCCGUUCUAUUGCAAAUCUCUCCACCAAGAUCAUUUGGUUUGAUCUAAAAGACAACUAUAUAUCUGGAAACAUACCUCUUGGUAUUGAGAACCUUGUAAAUUUGCAAUGCCUCUUUCUAGAUCAGAACUUGCUUACAGGUAGUAUUCCAAAUUCCAUUGGAAAACUCUCCGUGUUAGAAAAGCUCUUUCUUCACAACAAUAACAUUUCUGGAGAGAUUCCAUCGUCUAUUAGAAACUUGAGUAGGCUUGGUGUACUUGGCCUAUCAAUAAAUAUGAUUGAGGGAAGCAUUCCUAUUUCUUUAGGCAAUUGCACCAAUUUACAACAAAUUUAUCUUGGUUACAAUCAUCUCACAGGAGCAAUACCUUAUCAAAUCUUUGGUCUAUCUUCUCUUAUUAUUCUAUCCUUAAGUCAAAAUUACUUAACAGGACUACUACCACAAGAAGUGGGUAACUUGAAAAAUCUGGAUGGACUAUAUGCAUCAAAAAAUAAACUAUUUGGAGAAAUCCCCGCCACUCUCGGCAAUUGUGAAGUUUUAGAAUUCCUUCACAUCGAUGGUAACCUUUUCAAAGGUAUAAUUCCGACGACCUUUAGACAACUGAAAGGUAUUCAAGAACUAGAUGUUUCUAGAAACAACUUGUCUGGACAAAUUCCAAGGUUUCUCGGGGAGUUUCGGUUCUUUCAAUAUCUCAAUCUUUCCUACAAUAUGUUCGAUGGUGAAGUUCCGAAUGAAGGAGUUUUCAAAAACAUUAGUGCCUUCUCAGUUGUUGGAAAUAAUAAGCUAUGCGGAGGAAUUAAACUAUUGCAAUUGCCUACAUGCCCAACACAAGUCUUCAAUAAAAGGAAACAACUUUUCAACCAUAGAGUAAUAGUUCUAAUAGUUACUCUCACUAUUGUUCUAUUGUCAUUGUGCAUUUUAGCUAUUAUUUACCGAAACAAAAGGUCAAAACAGCAAGUCAAAUUAGCCUCGCCUUUGCAAAACCAAUAUUUACAACUAUCUUUUGGAGAACUUUUUCAAGCAACAAAUGGGUUCUCUCCAUCCAACUUAAUUGGUGAGGGAGGAUAUGGUUCUGUUUAUAAAGGGAUUCUCAACUCCAAUGAACAAAUUAUUGCUGUGAAGGUGCUCAAACUGCACAAAUGUGGAGCGAACAAGAGUUUUGUUACAGAAUGUGAAGCAUUGAAGAACAUUCGCCAUCGAAAUCUUGUCAAGACAAUUACAGCUUGCUCAAGCAUUGACUUUAAAGGCAACGACUUCAAGGCUUUGGUCUUUGAGUUCAUGGAAAAUGGGAGCUUAGAAAAUUGGUUACACCCAAGUCUUUUGGAGCAACAUGAACCUAAGAAUUUGAACUUUGUUCAAAGGCUGAACAUUGCCAUUGAUGUGGCUUGUGCAUUGGAUUAUCUUCAUCAUCAUUGUGAAAUGGCUUUUAUUCAUUGUGAUUUAAAGCCAAGUAAUAUUCUUCUUGACGGUGAUUUGUGUGCCCAUGUUAGUGAUUUUGGCUUGGCAAAGAUUUUUUCAGCAACUAAUGGAAUUUCUAUUCAUCAGCAAUCAAGUUCAAUUGGGAUCAGAGGAACAAUUGGCUAUGUUGCCCCAGAGUAUGGUAUGGGUGGGGAGGUAUCAACGCAAAGUGAUAUGUACAGUUACGGAGUGUUACUACUAGAAAUGUUCACAGGAAAAAAACCAACAAGUAACAUGUUUAUAGGUAAUGUAAACCUCCAUAGCUAUGUAAAAAUGUGUCUUCCAGAGCAAGUAAUGCAGAUCGUUGAUCUCCAAAUCAUAUUGGAAAUGGAAGAGGAGCCAAGUAGGAGCAUGCAAAGUAGUACAACCAACAUUUCUAAACUAGAGGCUUGCCUAGUACCAAUCUUUCAAAUUGGAGUUUCAUGUUCUACUGAAAUGCCAAGUGAAAGAAUGAGUGUGAAAGAUGUUCUCAAAGAACUCCACAAGAUUAGAAAUGUAUUUCUUGGGGUUAGCGGACAAAGGCAUUAGGAUGGAAGAAGAAAUAAUUCUUAACUAAAGCCGCAAGUAUAGGUUAUUUUGAUGUUAUAGAAUUUUCUUUUCCUCACUUUUCUUCUCCUCCCUCUUUUCUUUUUUGAAUCUGUAAUUGUUAAGCUAGAAAAGGCAUGGAAGUGGUUGUACUUGUGGCAUUAUCAUCAA